UCUCCUUUUGCUCCCCUUCGGCUGCGGCCGCGAUGAUGGAGUCUCUGCGCGCUCAGCGGCUGCAACCGGGCGUCGGCGGCACCCUGCGGUCGCUCCGGCCAGGCGUGACCGCCUCCCUCCCCGCUCCGGCCGCCUCAGCGCCGCCCCCUCCGCUGCCGCCGCCCCCUCCGCCGCUCGGGCUGGGGAUCAGCCUGGGGCCUCCCCCGCCGCCGCCUCCGCCGCCCUUGCCGCCGCUCCCGCCGCCGCUCCUGCCUGGCGCGGUCGGCGCCUCCGGCUCCCCGGGAGGGACGGCGACGGGGCCGCCUGCCGUGCUGAGGGAGGCCGUCGAGGCGGUCGUCAGGAGCUUCGCCAAGCACACGCAGGGAUACGGCCGCGUCAAUGUUGUAGAAGCUCUUCAGGAAUUUUGGCAGAUGAAGCAGUCGCGUGGUGCUGAUCUGAAAAACGGCGCUCUGGUAGUUUACGAGAUGGUCCCAUCCAACAGUCCUCCUUAUGUUUGCUAUGUCACUUUGCCAGGAGGGAGCUGUUUUGGCAGUUUUCAGUUUUGUCCCACCAAAGCUGAAGCACGGAGGAGUGCAGCAAAAAUUGCACUGAUGAAUUCUGUCUUCAAUGAACAUCCGUCCCGGAGAAUCACAGAUGAGUUUAUUGAAAAAAGCGUCUUGGAGGCCUUGGCGUCUUUCAACGGUAAUAGAGAAGAGGCAGAUAAUCCAAGCACUGGCAUUGGUGCUUUCCGGUUCAUGUUGGAGUCAAACAAAGGGAAAUCAAUGUUGGAAUUCCAGGAACUGAUGACGGUCUUCCAACUGCUGCAUUGGAACGGUAGCCUUAAAGCCAUGCGAGAGAGACAGUGCUCGCGACAGGAGGUGCUGGCUCACUACUCCCACCGUGCUCUGGAUGAUGACAUCAGGAACCAGAUGGCAAUGGACUGGGUCAGCCGGGAGCAAAACAUCCCAGGGGCUCUUUCCAGGGAGCUGGCCUCGACAGAACGGGAAUUGGACGAAGCCCGGCUGGCUGGGAAGGAGCUACGAUUCCACAAGGAGAAGAAGGACAUCCUGAUGCUGGCAGCUGGCCAGCUAGGGAACAUGCACUCUUCCAACUGUUAGGACCCCAGAAGACUGUUCAGCUUUUCCUUCUUUCCCUUCCUACCUAUCUGUAGAGCUAAAGGGAUCUCAUCUAGAGUUUUAACAAAUUUGAGGAGGCAAAAUAAGCAAACCAACUUCAAAAAGAUUCAGGGUUUGUUUGUUUUUUUACAUCUGCAGAUAUGCACAUACUGUUGAAUUUGGAGGGUUUUUAAAAUUCCUUUUGGGUUGUAAAGUAUUGAAGUUGGCAAAUAGCCUUUAAUUGCUUUUUUUCUAAUCAGGAAAGAUACAUUUAUUCAUCAAUUGGAUAACAAAAUGAACAUUUCAGAGUCUGGAAAUUUUGUAUUUGCUCCAAGUUUUCUGUUGGCUCUAAUCUGAGACAUGUUAUGAGCACACACCUGCCUCCUUUUCAAGAACUGCACAUAUUUUAAACUUUUUUGACAAUUCUGUAUAGAUUUUAUACUUGGGUCUCCUCAGAUCAUGUGUUCUGUCUGCUAGACAAUUUUUAUGAGUCUGAGCACCUUUUACACGUAGCCUUUUCAGUGUUUCAAAUGGUCCUCCAUUCCUUCCAGGAAUGGUACAACCAUCAGUAUUAAGUACGAAUGUAGCAUUUCCAGGAGAAUACCAGCUAGUGCUGCAGAUACAAUACACAAUGGAGCGUUAGGUCAUUUCUUUUACAUGAUAAGGCAUUUUUUUCAGUGAACCUGGCUUGGUAUAAUCUCCCUUCCUUCACUUACCUAAAAACACUGCACUUAAAACACUAUUGCAAUAUCCUCCAGCUUCUGCUAGAGUUUUGAUUUAGUUGGAUUGCCUCAGUACUUGUGGCAUCUUGUCCUGCCAGGUAUCUGUAAAAUUUCACAUGGCAUAAGAACUUGACUUGAGGACAACUAAACCUACAGUGGGGUUAAGUGUCUAUAGAUAAUGUUUUCGCUCUGCUCUUAUUUGUAGUAUCCAACCCAUCCAGUUGCUUUCAGCAGGGAUGUUUGUGCCAAAUUGCAAAAGUUGAGGUGCUUAAAGGAGAUAUUCUGGCUCUAGAAAAGAUUAAGUUCAUCUAAUAAUUAAGCUUAAAGUGAAGAACUCCUAGUCCUUGGCAUUUAAGCUUCUCUCUAUUUUCUUCUUACUGGAGUAUAGGGAGGCAGUUAGGAGGGCUGCUGCUAAGGUGCUUAGUAGCUGAUACUCCUUGAGCAGAGUGUGUACCUCUCAUGCUGGCUUGUCUUUCUUAGUCUUUAUGACUUUGAUUGGGUUACAGAAGAUUCUGAGGGCUGGAAGUUGCGAAUGGAAAAUCGAGUCUCUGCAUGCUGUCAUAUAAGCUGCUUUUAUUACUAGAACGGUGCUUGUGCUAGAGCCCUGGAUUCAAUUGGUUCCUUAAAAGCUCAUACCUUGAUCUCCGCUCUGGUGCCAUUUUGCUCACUUGUUUUCCAUUAGCCAGUGUGUAUAUCAACCCCAUGUGAACUGUGAUGCAGUGCAGUGGGUAGAACAGCCUAAUGUGUCUUGGGAAAUCACUGUGACAGUCUCGAGUUUGCCUGCCGUGUGAUAAUUAGAGCUACUUAUUAGUGAAAUGCGUAAGAUUCAAGACUGUUUGCAAUUGUAGCUUCUUUGGAGGUGUUCUGAUUUCACUUAAACAAAACAUUCCUAGGAUAAAAUCUUUUAUAUGUGCACUUUUUAAAGAGAUAAAACUAGGAGCAGGACUCUUUAAGUAGAAAUACUGUGUGUGUGUGUGUUUGUGUGUGUGUGUAGCUUGAAGCAGGCUUCAUAUACACAGGGAUUUUGCAGGUCGUGUGUACUCAUAAAAACUGGGGAAGCUAUUGUACAAGCCACAGCGAAACACAAAAGGGAGAUGUUAGCCAGCUAGCAGCUUAAUUAAGCGUGCUGCACCGUGAGGAGUAUACAAGACUUUCUUUGUUUGACUUGGUCCUGCAUGUAGAGAAAAGAAUUGCCAUCUUAAUUUUUCCUACUCAGGUUCAGGAUUUUAUUAUACUAUUGUAAUAAGCUUCAAAAAAAACGUUGUUAAGAAAUAGCCAGCCAGCCAGCCGUCUCUCUUGAGUAGCUGUGCAAGGAACUGUAAGUACUAAAGUGGGACAAAUGUUUGGGUUCCAAGACCUCAUACUGUCAAUUUUUGGAUAGUUUAAAUUUACUCUUAUAUAGGAACCAUUCUAGGGUAGCAUCUUAAUACCCUGGUUAUCAUUUUAGGUUGGUACCACUUGGCAAUCUACCUGUUUGUUUUUUUCAAUAUAAGAUUCCAGUGAAAUGGGAAUUCACAUUUGCAUUUCUGACUGAGUAUAGAACCAGCAGCUAUUAGCUAACAUCCAGGUUAACAUUGAGUACAGAAUGCACUCUUGCAUGUGCGGUGCUGGUUAACAAUGUUUUAAAAGGGGCAUCAUAAUCUUGCAGUAGUGGUGGCUCAAAGCUUAAUAUAGAAGGCAUAUUUAGUUAUGAACCGUACUGGAAAGCACAACUGUAGGGUUCAGUGCAUUUCAGAGGAGAAAGUAAAGAGUUUGUUACCAUUGAGGGUUUCCAGACUCAAGAGGGCCAGGGUCUAGCUUUCCAGCUCUCCUGUUGCAUGUAAACCAUCCCAGUGAUCAGGGCUUUUUUUCUGGGAAAAGAGGUGGUGGAACUCAGGAUCGCACAAUGACGUCGCUUUGGAUCAGCUGGAAUGGGGGGGGGAGUUUUUAAAAGUUCAAAUCGCCCUCGGCGAAAAUGGUCACAUGGCUGGUGGCCCUUCCCCCUCAUCUCCAGACAGGCGCGGAUGGCAAUCUAAACUGUCUCGAGAUGAGGGGGCGGGGCCACCGGCCACGUGACCAUUUUCAAGAGGUACCGGAACUCCGUUCCACCGCGCUCCCACUGAAAAAAAGCCCUGCCAGUGAUACAAGCUAGGGAUUAUUCGCAGUAGUCACACAAACCAAAAAGUCUCUUCCGUUUUAAAGUGUAAGACCGUUCUGACUCUGCACUUUCAGUCAUGAUGCUGCAUGUGAACAAACUUCAGCAGGGAGAAUGAGAAGAGAUGAAGGACAGUAUCUUGCCACUUUUGUCCCCCUCCCCAGCAGUUCUUAAAUCUCAUCUUGUACGUUCCGAAGUGCUGGAUUCCUGGGAACCAAAAAGGGCUGAGUUCCUAAAACCCCCAUCCUAUUCGUUGCCAUUGGGAAGCAUUCUGGUGUUUAUUGUUGCCAUUGGGAAGUAUUCUGGUGUAACCUGUUUACAGCAAUAAUUCUUUUCCAUGUUUUGGAAGAACUUAUAGGUGUUUAUCACAGGGAUUGAUGGAGCUCUGUGCCCCAGCAUAAAAGGACUAUAUUUUAUCUAGAAUAUGCUUUUAGGGUAAUACUGCCUUUCUCCGUUUCUAAACUUGUUCUGCAAACAGAGAGCAGAAGGCAUUUAGUGGAAUGUGGAUGCAAGUCUGAAGUCAGAAAAUAUUGCAACAAGUAGGUUGCUACAGUGUGAGUGUUUAAAAUGGUACACAGGCAUUGGUAUUUUGGCUCAUUACCUUCUGUCAUUCAUCGGAAGCAUUACUGUCUUGGUUGCAAAAGCCCAAACAUAAGUAAGUUACUGAACCACCUUCCGUAGGUAAAUAUGACAAGGCUGUGAUGGGCAGUUGCUUUGCUGAUUUCUGUGCUCUUCACAUACCUAUCCUUGCAACUGAAGUUGACCUGAUAUCGCCAUACUUCACAUCCUAAAAGGAUGGCAGCCCUGAUAAGUGAGCAAGAGGGGUGAGCAGAAGGUAACGGGUAAGCACUUCUUUGACAUUUGUGUGGCAGAAAAGAUUGGGAUGUGCCCAUCUCUACACAAACAGCACUUGGGUAACUUGGUUUUAGAGUAGAGAACAGCCACUGGAGGCCCUGCAACCAAAUUGCACUCCCUGAGAAAAACCUGCUCGCUUUUCAGUUGACAAAUUGCAGGGGCGUGAGAGAAGCUGAUGGCUGUGUUUGAGGGUUGUGUCAAUGAGGCUUCUGUCCUGGCCAUUUUGCAGAAUUGGGAGGUCAUAAUUGCUGAGAUCAUGACCCAGUACCUGCCUAAUCAAGACUCUUGUGCAUCCAGUAGCUGACUGUGGUUUUAUAUUCUUAGAGCUUAAUCCAUAAUAGUUGGUAUGUUGUAUGUAUGGUCUAGGAUUUGGUGUCAGAUGCUUGGUCAACAAGCUGAGAUCCUCAAGUGUUCUGCACAGGUAAUUCUUGACAGUUCUGCAGAUAUACAGGCAACUCCAGUGUCCUUGAGUUAUACAACUGAAGUCAGCCAUUAGAAGUUUGACUUUAAAGUCCUCUUGGCGCUCCAUGCUCCCUUUCUUAAAAACAGGUUGCUGCAAAGGUGUGGCCUCAGCGCCCUGUUGUUUCUAUAUCUGAGGUCAUCUGUCUCACCCUUUUUUAUAAAUACAUAUAUAUUUUUAUAUACAGCCUUGUGUACACAAUACUAUUAAUGUUUAGAUGCAUUUAUAUACUUGGCUUUAUAACCCUUUGAAGAUUCUUAAGUUUUCAUCUUUCUCAGCCCAUUGCUCACUACAAAUAGAAUGGGGAUUUAAGUUGCUUCUGUACAAAAUAGCAUUCCUGAAUUUCCUUCAAAGAGACAUGCUUGUAAAUAUUACCUCUGGGUAAGACCCGACCGUCACCUGUGAUCCAGAUGGGAAAACAGAACACCAACUCGUCUCCUUCAGUGUUUUCCCAGUUUAAAGGUGGUCAGAAAUACUGCUUCCCACAUUAUCUGCAUUUCCACCCCACUGUAUUAUGUAAAAUCAGUACUUAUUUUGUAAUGUAUAGUUUUAUACAAUAAAGUAGCAUUUGGGUGGAUA